ACAAUUUCAAAUGUACAGCUAGUUGCACACCACAUUAUAUUUGUCUCAUUCACACUCUCUCUACACCCCAACCCCUCUGAAACUACUCAACUAGCUCUAAGCAAGAAGAGGUUUUUUCUUGGGGUGGAGAAGAACUGAAGAAAGAAAAAUGGAGAAAGCAUUAACUAAAGUUGGGAGCAUUAAAGUUGGAAGUUUUUGGCUAACCAAGAAAGCUAAGGCAGAAUUCAACAAUAUCUCUCAAGACAUUAAUAGCAUCUCAAACACUGUUGAAGAGAAGGCGAAGUGGAUCUUUAACAAGCUAAAAGGAAUGCCUAUGAAGACUUUGACAGAUCUUCUUCGAGAACACAAUCUCCCACCAGGCCUUUUCCCCCAGAACAUAACGAGUUAUGAAUUAGACGAGUCCAAAACAAAGCUGACCGUUCACCUUCCCUCCCCAUGUGAGAUAACCUUCAAGGACGGCUCUCUGAUUAGAUAUGCUACGAGGGUGAAAUGCAUUUUACUAAGAGACAAGCUUAUUGGCAUAGAAGGAAUGAAGACUAAAGUCUUAGUAUGGGUGAAAGUCACAAAUGUAUCUGUUGAAGGUUACAAGUCAGAGAAGGUUUGUUUUACUGCUGGUGUAAAGAAAUCGAGGCCAAGGGAAGCUUAUGACAUUCCUCGCGAUGCAGUUAGAGUAAAAGAGUUCUGAGAGUUGGAUUAUUCAUAUAAGAAUGAGCCCUCAACAAUCAAAAGAUUUUUGAGUUGGCUGUGUUUUGAUGGUUUUCUUGGUCAUAUCUCAUGUAGCAAAAUCGCUCCGAUGAACACGAAAUUAAGUAUAUGGAAACAUGUUACAAUUCAUGUAACAUGGAAAGUGCAAAAUGAUGUUUAGCUAUUUUAGCAGACUCAGAUUGUAAGAGGAGUUGUAUGGCUAGACAUCUAAUUUUUAUUUUCUGGAAUUUCGAAAUGCCAUUUAUUAUGGCUUCUAUCUGAAGAAAAUUAUUCAGCUUGUCUCAUGUUAAGGGAGAUUAGUUGAGUUAGGUGAAUCAAGAUGUUCUCUAUUCUCUAACAAUUGUCUGGUUUAUUACUGAAUGUUAAGAGUUCGUGACCUGAAUUUAUUUAA